GCUGUGCGUAGUCAAUAAAAGCGACAGCUCGGUCUGCGAACGGUCGAACGGCCACACUCACUUAUCCCAACGCACAUCUUCCUUGCUCGACCUCCGUGCUCCGUCUGACCUCUAUUUAUCUUUCCCUUGCUCUAGCAAUUCGCCAGAUUUCAUCGCCCAACAAUGCCUCGUCCUGAGCCUCAUCCCCUAGCAUUAUUCUCCUUGGUCCCUUUAAACGAGCGAGCUAACGCAGUGCUCGCCCACCAGAGCAACCAGCACCUCGUGUCGUGGCUGAAGGACGGUACCCUUGCUCUCGACGUUGGCCAUAUCCGCCCAAUGUCAGGAGGUAACGUUACUUUGGCUACACUGGGACGGAACGGCGAUGUGAUAGUGGAAGGCUCCAGCAUCGCGAAGAUCCAAUGCUCGUUCGAGAUCGAGAUAGACACUAAAGUCAUCAUGUUCUACGACAGAUCGCACGCUCAGACGAGUCAGGUCUUUGGCGACAACGCUACACCAUUCGAGUAUGGACGCCUUCGUAAAGUCGUCGUGCAGGAGAAGGUCAACACUAUCAUUAGCAUGGGCGGUGUCGGGCGGAAUCUGGUGCAGUUCGAACUGAAAUGGCAUUGCCGUCCUGAUGACACAAUGGAGAGGGUGAAGGACCGAGAGAGUGGACCCCUCGCAGAGAAUCCCCGCCUCGCGCGUACCAUUGAUGAAAUAGACACAGUUCUGCCGUCUCGAAGGGAGACCCGAAUCCACACGCCGGGACUCCAAAUGCCGAAGACGAGAUACGCGACGAUAGGAGAUAGCCUCGGAUCUGGACAGUUUGGAAUAGUAUAUAAAGCCGUCAACCUGGACACAGGCAAGCUCAUGGCUGUCAAGAUAAUGGAGCGGCCCGCCGGGCCAGCACAACAAGAGUGGAUGAAAUUGAAGCGCGAGGUAGAAAUCCUUUCCAGAAUCAGCCAUGACCAUAUUGUUGACUACAUCUCGUCGCAGGGUUGGGACCGGCCCGAGGUGGAAAUCUUCAUGGGUCUAAAAGAAGGAACCCUACAGUCGUUAAUCGGCAACAAGUGCUCCGUCCCCAUUACCGACCUUGCCCACACCGUCUUACAUCAUAUGCUCCAAGCGAUCGAUUGUCUUGCAAUAGGGGGCAUUAUACAUCGAGAUGUGAAACCGGAGAAUAUUCUCUACGUAUCUCAUCAAGGCCAAUAUCACUUCCAGCUCGGGGACUUUGGCUUUAGUCACCGGGCUGUUUUUGCGGCGACUUUUGCGGGCAGCCCACUUUACAUGGCUCCGGAGAUGUUUCGAGGAGGGAAGCAGACACACAAAGUAGAUGUCUGGUCACUCUACGUCACGAUGUUGUGGACGCUAGAUGUGGAAGGGUUCCGUGAGGUAUCGAAAGGGCUGACCAACCAUGGUGAAGCCCAAGAGGUGAUUUUGUCAGCAGCAGCAACCCCGAAGGUGGACGUCAUUCGGGAAAUGGCAAGGGUCAAACCAGAAGAGCGCGCUUCUGCAGCACAAAUGCUUGUCAAGUGCUACAAUGGGCAAGGACUCACCACACCACAAAACCAGAUUCCACCUCUCAUCAGCCCCGCAAAAGCCGACAGCAAAGCUCCAGCUGCAGCUGCCCGCGCGAACACGAAUCGGUUUGCAGCCGCGGGCGAACUCCGCGUUGAGAAGACUCGGUUUCCUCGGACACCGCGAAUACGGCCAAUUGGUCCGGUGACCGAAAAGCGUGGCCAGGCACUCGGUCCCAGGACCCCAGUGAAACGUCCAGUUCCUGGCAGUUUCCCCGGCGAUACCAUCGACACUUCGACAGAACACUCUAGCGGCCUAGAUUUAUUUGAAUAA